AUGUCGGUGGCUCGAGGUCUUUGCAGGUUGCGACCAACUCACUUCAUCUUCCUGAUGUGCCUUUUCUUCUCUCAGCUUUGUCAGGGGAAGUCGUUUCUUGGUGCCGAUCUGACAUGGACCGCUGUGCGCAAAGAGCGGAAUGAUCUUCAACCAGAUCUGACCGACUUACUCGCUUCCAGAGAUAUGGAUCAAGACCCGGUCUUUGAAAGAGCCAUGCACGUCAUCGAUAAUCUCGCCACGCAGACGACCUGUCAACAGACUGCUGCAGCCCAGCUUCUUAUUACUUGCAAAGCAUCAGGAAAGAGCUCAAAUGCCAAAGCAGUCAACCAUGAGCUUCUCGAACGGAGCAAAACUGCGUACGCCGUGAGGGUUGCUGUGUGCGAGACUGGUGAGGGUCGGGCUACGAUACCGCCGGCCUGCAGACCAGUUCUGGACAUCCCCCGAAGGCUACAAGGCGAGAUCGAUGUUGUUAAUGCAAAGACUUUGGCAUCAUGCCUCGAAGGACUUAUGCUUGAACACUACUACUGGACAAGUUACAGCAACAGUCGACAAGACGCAAAUAUCUUGUGCCAGGCUUCGACGCUGGAGGCAACACGACUCGACGCUCUCCUCUCGUACCAAAAACUUGCCGAGCUUCUUCCAGAGUUUCGCGAAGUCCUGGAGUCAACUCGAUCUCGGUGGCUUGGUUUUCUAAAACAACAGGAGCAAGAGGCCCAGAAGCUUGCCGAUACGCAACAGAAGAAUCAUGCUGAUCUCAAGACGCAACACGAAGAGCAUGCGAAGUCUUUCAGGCAGGUAAUGAAUAAUGCAAAGGAGGACCUGAAUGCUGUUUCGCAGCAGUUACGUCAAUAUGUGGUCGAGACCGGCUCCGGUCUUGGUCACACGCAUGAGACCUUGAGCCAUGUGUUGUCUGACUUCACAAUGCUUCGAGACUUGGUCGCCGAAGUGACGAGUGCUGCAGGGAAAACCAGUGCCGAGAUCGCAGCAAUCCAUGCUGAAGAAAUGCAUAAUGUCCGAGAUAUAGCUCUAGCCACUACAGAAUCUCUAAACAAACUGCUAAGCACAGAAGCCACUCAAGGCAUCAACGCAUUACUUCAGCAAUUCAGCAUUGGUCUGGACGCAAUCUCCUCCUCACAAAUUAAACAGCUUGCGCGUCUUGACGAACAACUUCGACUGAGCGAUGACCUCGCGGAGGCGCAGCGAAUGAACAUCGCCUUGGGUCAGGAGAUGUAUGACACUUCAUCCGUUCUUUCUUCCCAGCUUCAUACUGCGAGUGCCGCUGCCACGGACGUGUCUUCCAGGAUCGACAAGGUCAACGAAGCACUCACCCGGGUCGAAGAGGCUUCGUCUGUGUUGAGCGCACUUUUUUCAUUCCUCGCCCUCCCGACGCACAUGAUGCAACAGCUCCAUCUCCGCCUUCUUAUUCUGUUUUCCAUGCCGGCUAUUAUACUAUUCUUCUGGAAACCACGAAAAUAUCCUUACAGCGUGAUGGCCUCCUACGUCUUUCUUGAGAGCCUGAUCUCCAUCUAUGCCCAAUACGAGAACGUAAUAUCGGGCUCGGUCCGGAGACUAAGCAUCCGGUCUCAAGAUGCAACAACCUGGGCUUUCAGUCAUGCUGGGCAACAUUACACUCUGCUAUUUUCCGCUUUUGGGAUCUUAUUGGUCAUGAGCUGUUAUGCCAUCCUGGUGGCAUGCUGCAAGAAAGCUCGGCACUCACGGAAGCAGCUUUUGGUAGAAUCCUCACAUGGCAACGAAGACUUCCAACAGCUGUAUGUCGGAUAUCGACUACGAGGUAACAAGCAGCUGUCUUCUCGAUCGGCAGAUCGUUUUCGUCGAGCUGCCACCGUUGCCUGA